AACGCGAAAGUGACCCACCCUCUCCUGACUCCUCUCUGCCCAUCCCAAUCCCUCUCCAAAUUCUGCGCUAGUCCCCUUCCGAACCAGGCGAGCGAGACAGCAGCGCAAACCCUCAAUCCCCGCUGCGAUUCGCCGCUCAGGGUUCGGCCGGAGUAGGAGGAGGAGCGGGUGCUGGCCAUGUGGCCCGGCUGUGGCGGCCGCUUCUACUGGGCGCCCGCGCCGCCGUCGGAGGCGAGGGGUGUCGUGGUCGUGUUCGCGUGGGUGUGGAGCGACGACGCGCAGCUGCGGCCGUUCGUGGAGCUGUACGCCUCGCUCGGGUGGCGCUGCCUCGUCUGCCACCCGGACCUCGUCGCGCUGUACCUCUCUGAGAAAGCAGCAACACUGGCAUCUGGUGUUAUUUGUGAGCUGGCAAAGGAAUUGAAAGUGAAGCCAUUGCCAACUGUUUUUGCUUCUUUUUCUGGUGGCUCAAAGGGAUGCAUGUACAAGGUUAUUCAGUUACUAGAUGGGAAAUGUGAAGGCAAUGCAACAACGGACGACUAUCGAUUAGUGAGAAACUGUAUCAGUGGGCAAAUCUUUGACUCUGGUCCAGUAGAUUUCGUGAGUGAUGUCGGCACCCAGUUUCUCCAAAAUCCUUUGAUUGGCACUUCAUCUCAAUCAUCCAUGAUAUGUUCAUGGAUGGCAAAGGCCCUGGCAUCUGGAAUGGAUACUCUCUUCCCAAGCAGAAUUGAAGCUCAGCGUGCAGAAUAUUGGCACACGCUAUACUCAUCAGCAGGGCUGGGUUCGGUUCUCAUAUUUUGCUCCGAGGAAGAUGAUCUUGCUCCAUGCCACGUUGUUUGUGGUUUCGCUAGGCGGCUGGUCGAACUAGGCACAGAUGUUAAAGUAAUUAAGUGGAGCGAUUCCCCACAUGUUGGCCAUUACAAGUCACAUGAGGUCGAAUACCGAAAUGCCGUCGAUGAUAUUCUGAAGAAAGCUCUCGUAACUUUCUGCCACAGAAGCCAGCUUAAUGGCGCAAGUGCUGCUGCAGGCGACAAGGAGUACAAGAUAGCGCACUGUGUGUGCAGUCUACACAAUGUGGCUGCCAAUUCAAAUGAGAGUCUGAGGAGGGUAGCCAACAGUCCCAGUGACCACUUCUUCUUGCCAAGUUCAAAGGACCAUAAUGAAUCUAGGGAAUCAGAUCCUCUGAUUGAACAGCAAAGACGUCAACUAUCGCAUCCAGCCAGCAUGGAGCCUCAAGGAGUCCUUGGCCAAAUUCUGUUUGAUGUUUGUGUCCCCAAAAAUGUCGAAGGAUGGGACAUCAAACCAACAGUGUCUCCGACUGGACGGCCAAUGUUGGCUUCUGCACGGCAACUUGGUCCGUUCAAUCCCAUCAAGUACUUCCGCCGUUCAAGACUAUAGUUUGUCUUCAGCAAUGAGAAUUUUGUGUACAUAAUGGAGGCAAGAUCUUAAAUACCUACUCUGAGCGUUUUCAGCAUGUAAGUUCCCUUAAGAUUUGACUUCUUGCUGUUUCCUUUCUAUGACUUUUGGUGAGAGAAUGUACAUAACCUAUGUAUAUUAUACCUGUGUAUAUUAGAAGGGGGUAUAGACAUAGGUUAUAGUUGGACUGCUGAGUGCAUACUAAUAGUAAAUAGAGAAGGGACUUUAUUACACUGUAAUUUUUUAUUUUGUUUCUAAUAUGAUAUCUAAUCACCGAGAGAACCAUUUUUCUUGCCAACCA